GUGUGCAGUGCAGUCCAGUGCAGGCAAGCGAUACGUGAGUGAGUGACAAAAAACUAGCCGUUACAUUUCUUGGGCAGAGAGGAAAUGUGUAAGAAGGGCCUUUGGCCGAAUCUAUGUGGCACAACCCCUUGCUCAUGUCUUCCCCAAUUUCAGAUUCCUUCCUCUCUCUCUCUCUAAAAUAAUUCUCUACUUUCUCACUCCACACGUGCCUAUCACAGGAACCCCACUAACCCCCCUGGCUCCUCCUCCCCUCCGUUACAAAAGCUUUCUUGUCCACUCUCAUUUCCUCCUGUUUUUAGCUAAUUCUCUCUACCUCUCUCUUACAGCAGCUAUGGAGGUCAAUAGCAACGGCGGCUAUGUUCGAAGCCCAAACCAUCAGUUUCCAGGGAGGAAAAAGGAGAAAUGGAAGAUUCAGCACCAUCGUUGUCGUCAUCUUCAAUUCUUGAUUUUCUUACAGGCGGUGGUGUUCGUUCUGCAGCCUGUCUGGAGCCAGACAUGGGAUGGGGUGAUCGUAACUCAGGCAGACUUCGAAGCCCUCCAGGCUUUCAAGCACGACCUGAUCGACCCACAAGGGUUCUUGAAAUCCUGGAAUGAUUCCGGCGCCGGCGCCUGCUCCGGCGGCUGGGCCGGCAUUAAAUGCGCCCAGGGCCAAGUCAUCGUCAUCCAGCUUCCCUGGCGAGGACUCGCCGGAAAAAUCACAGAAAAAAUUGGCCAAUUCCAGGCCCUCAGGAAGCUCAGCCUUCACGACAAUUUCAUCUCCGGCGCCAUUCCGACAUCGUUAGGGUUCCUGCCCAAUCUCCGAGGUCUCCAGCUGUUCAACAACCGCCUGUCGGGUUCCAUCCCUGCCUCCUUGGGCCUCUGCCCUCUCCUUCAGACGCUCGAUCUUUCCAACAAUUCCCUGUCGGGAGCCAUUCCAGGGAGCCUUGUCAACUCCACCAAGCUUUUCCGGCUCAAUCUGAGUCACAACUCGUUGACCGGUUCGAUCCCGGUUCGCUUCGCCCUGUCUCCUUCGCUCAUCUUCCUUGCUUUGGAACACAACAAUCUUUCCGGCCCUGUCCCUGAUUCUUGGGGGGGUGGUAAGAAAAAUGUGUCUUUGAUUCAAGUUUUGACGAUCGGACAUAAUUCGUUGAAUGGUAGCCUUCCUGACAGCCUGUCGAACCUCGGACAGCUGUCGGUUCUCGACUUGAGAAGCAACGACUUCACGGGGCGGAUUCCUCCUUCGAUAGGGAGCAUCUCUUCACUCAAGACGCUCGAUCUUGCCCAGAACAACCUCGCCGGAGAAAUUCCGGCCGCCGUCGCCGGCCUGCCGAAUCUCGAAUCCUUCAACGUUUCGUACAACAAUCUCUCCGGGCAAGUCCCCAAAACCCUGUCGGAAAAAUUCAACUCCACUGCUUUCACCGGGAAUCUCCUCCUCUGCGGCUACAGUCCUUCGACUCCCUGCCCUUUAUCCCCCUCCGAAGCUCCCCCAGCAGGUCCAGCCCCAAAACGACGUCGUCGGAAGCUGAGCACCAAAGACAUUAUCCUCAUUGCAGCAGGGGUCCUUCUCGUCAUCCUUUUAGUGACUUGCUGCAUUCUGCUCUGCUGCCUGUUGAGGAAGAGAAGAAUUUCCAGAGAUUCUACCAAGUCCGGCGGCGGCGCCGCCUCCGCCUCCGCCGCCUCCCGGUCGGAAAAGGGGACCCCACAAAGUGCGGCGGCGACUGAAGGCGGUGAAGGCGGCGGAGGAGAAAGUGGCGGGAAACUUGUACACUUUGAUGGGCCAAUGGCGUUUAGCGCAGACGAUCUACUGUGUGCCACUGCUGAAAUUAUGGGUAAGAGCACUUACGGUACAGUGUACAAAGCCACCAUGGAAGAUGGGAUCCAAGUCGCUGUUAAGAGAUUGAGGGAGAAGAUCACCAAAGGACAGAGGGAAUUCGAACAUGAGGUCAACGAGCUGGGGAAGAUAAGGCACCCUAAUCUACUCGCGCUAAGGGCCUAUUAUUUAGGGCCUAAGGGCGAGAAGUUGCUGGUUUUCGACUACAUGCCCAAGGGAUCUCUCGCUACCUUCUUACACGCGCGUGCGCCGGACGCGCCAGUUGACUGGCCGACGAGGAUGAAGAUCUGCAAAGGGAUGACGAGGGGGGUGAUGUAUCUGCACACGAACGUCGGGAUCGUCCAUGGGAACUUGACGUCGAGCAACGUGCUGCUCGACGAGCAAGGGAACGCCCGGAUCGGCGACUACGGGCUGUCGCGGCUGAUGACGGCGGCGGCGAACGCGAACGUGAUGGCCACGGCGGCGGCGCUGGGGUAUCGGGCGCCAGAGCUGUCGAAGCUGAAGAAGGCGACGACGAAGAGCGACGUGUACAGUCUGGGCGUCAUUGUUCUGGAGAUUUUGACGGGGAAGUCGCCGGGCGGCGGCGCCGCCGGCGGGGACGGCCAGGAUCUGCCGCAGUGGGUGGCGUCGAUCGUGAAGGAGGAGUGGACGAAUGAGGUUUUCGAUUUGGAGCUGAUGAGGGACGCCGCCGUCAUCGGCGACGAGCUGCUCAACACUCUGAAGCUCGCGCUGCAUUGCGUCGACCCGAGCCCGUCGGCCCGGCCCGAGGCGCACCAGAUACUGCAGCAGCUCGAGGAGAUCCGACCGGAGAGCGCCGGCGGGACCAGCUCCGGGGAUGACGGCGGAGCGGCCGUGACGUCGUCGCCGGCCGCCGGUGGCGGCGAUUGAUUUUAAGGUUUUAUUAAUUUUAUUUUUAUUAUAUUCUUUUAUUCUUAAAGCUUUUAUAAUACGUGUCACGUGUGUGUGGUCUGCUGAUUCUACUAUUUUUUGUUUUUUAGUGAGUGGUUGUGAUGUAAAUUUUGUUGGAAGGAAAGGGCAUGAUUGGAUGCGUAUCCCUUCUUUUAAUUCCAUGCC